AUGCCACCAAAGUUGAAAGCGACAAGGAAGUCGGUAUCAUUUCAAUACUCAAGUGAUGAAUCUGUUUCGAAAUCGCAGUACAUACUAAAGAGGGAAUUUCCACAGAUUGAAACUUCAACAUUGACAAUACCAUUUCAUGCGAUCCUAAUGAUUUUUGGAUUAUAUAAAGCUGGGUUAACAGCUAAUGCUUCCGAGGUAAUGUUGAAAGGUAUUCUAAGUUUGAUUCCCUUACAAUUGCUUUACGGAUAUCUAAUUACUACAAGGUUUACGGAGAAGUCCAAGAAGAGCAAAACUCAAAACAGUUCGGAGAAUGUACCUUUACUAUUAGCAGGAGGGGUAGUUAUUUCCUUAGUUUUAUCUGUUCCUUUGUUCGUUUUAUUAAUAUUACUUGGUGCUCCAUUGGCUAGUCACUUGAAAGAAACAUACUUAUUGUCAAUUCACUUGUCAUUGUUGAUAUUUUAUCCUCUGCUAAUUUUGUACAAGUACGAUUAUAAAUUGUUAAUCAAAUUCCUUGAUGCCGAUGGCGUAUACAAUGCUAUAGCUAAAAAUCAGAUAUUAUUCAGUGCUGUUUUGGCUGUCAUCGGCACAUGGUUCGGAGUUAUUCCGAUACCAUUAGAUUGGGACAGAGACUGGCAGCAGUGGCCAAUUACAUUAUUAACAGGAGCCUAUAUAGGUUCGUUUGUCGGAGGAGUGUCUUGUUUCAUUUUUUAA